AUGCUUGCGAUCCAUAAUCCAGUAGAGCGUUUAUUGGCAAAAUUACGUGAAAUGUUAGUUGAUAGCAGUUAUGAAGAAAACUGGCAAAUAACAACAUAUUGUGAAGGGCCAACGUUAGUUCGUCAAAUUCUGGUCGCGUUAUCAUUUUUGGUUCCAUCAGAUAUACUAUCGAAUUCGUUACACUCUCUCUGGGGUGAUAUCUCUGUCUACAUCAAUAGGGAUAUGCCACCUAGUAAAUGUGUCGUGAAAGAAGCAAUUUUAUUGUCAGGAAAGGCCAUGUCGACAACUUCCGGUUCACCGGAAUCCAUCAAAUUUAAAUGUGGGAAGCUAACGGAAGUUGUUCCAAAGAAAUGCUUAUGUGAAGGGAGUGAAUAUUUUCGGGGUAUGUUUGGAAGUGGAUUUCUAGAGCAAUUCCGGGAUACAUUUGAAUUUGAUGAAGAAGAAGAACAAUGUUCUUUUCGCUUGUUUUCCAUUUUCUUGCAUUAUUUAAGUGGCUGCGGCAAGUCGUGCGUGAGAAUAACUGAAAAUGAUAUACCAGCCUUGCUGAAGCUGUCGGAUCGUUACCUCUGCAUAGGGAUAAGCUCCAGAUUAUUAGCAUACGAAAGUCCGCUUAGAAAUUUGAUCAAUGGUGAAACGCUGCCGAAUUAUCUGGAAGUUAUGCUCUCUACCGGAAGUGAUACAUGUAACGUGUUGAGAGAUGCUUGUAUAAGCUGCCUACUCCGGGGUUGUACAGAAGAACAAAUGUUUACGGCCUUAAAAAUAGUGGCCGGUAAUCCUGUUGGGGUGGACGCAUUAAUGGAAAUACUGCAGACAUUUUUGCUGGCACACUGUCGAAGGAGGAAAAUUAAGUAUGAAGAGACAAAAGUAACUUAG